AUGGCGGACGACGACUCGGCACCGGCACCGGCACCGGCACCGGCCACGACCAGGGUCAGUGUCAGUGUCAGUGGCAGUGUCAUGGCCAGCAGUACAUCGGAACCUGCCCAGUCCACCUCGGCUCAGGACACGACUGCUGCUCCGAUCGCCUCCGCAGCUGCUCCCGAGACAGAGCCCGUGCAGGAGCCGGUCGACGAGCCGAAGCUUGAACCGGUGCUAGCGCCCGAGCUCGAGACAACGGCCCAGCUGGUCGAGGCACCCGUAUCCGUAUCGUCACGACCCAAGAUCGACAUCUCGUCUCUCGAAAGACCCAUCGUCGACGAGGAGAGGCUGGUCACGCCCGAGGGACCGCCGGAGGACGAGGUGCAAGCACUCGAUCGAUUCGCCUCGGACGCGACGACGACCCGACUGGGCGCCGCGACGGGCACCUCCACCACCACAGCCACCGCCGAGCACGUUCAGCCGCGCUCCGAGAUCGAUCGCGCCGACGCAACACCAUCACCACCAUCUAGGGGUGAGAUCGGCCAGCUCGACGCGGCGAAUGGCAUAGUCGAGACCCCCGAUGGACCACCUAUCGAGCACGCCUCCGAGCAAUCGCCGUCGACACGAGCCAGCGCCACGUCGACGAACGACGACCCGUUGGCACCCGAGCGGUCCUUAUCCGAGCCCCCGAUCACCCCCUCAGAGUUCGAGGACGUGCAACUGUCGACAUCAACCCCGGUCGCACUACCCGCUUCCGUCUUGGCCGACGCUGCCGCCGCCGUGGCCGAGGGCGACCCCCAGCCGGCCCGGUCCCAGACACCUCCCCCGGCCUUGCCGACCAAACCGAACCCGACACCCGAACGAGUCGCGUCCCCAUCUGUGCCCGUGCACGGCUCUCCUUCGUCUCGCGUCGUGUCUUCGACUUCGAGCCCUAGAAUCGACUCUGCAGAAUCGCAGCCGCACAGGUCCUCGAUCGCGUCGACGACGACCAUCUCGGCGCCAGGAUCCCAGUCGCUCGUCUCGGGCAUCCUUGUCAUCUCGGCCCUUGAAACGAUCGGAGCUUCAAAAGAGGCAAAGAAAUCCAAGCCGCUCAAGGAUGCGGUCGACGUCGCAUUGGAAGCACUCAAACACCCUCAGGGCUCCACCUCCGCAGGCUCAGGCGCAGGCUCGGAUGGAACCGUCGAUCCUCAUCUCGUCUUUGAACCUCUACGGCUGGCCUGCGAGUCCAAGUCGUUGCCCCUGAUGAUCACCGCCCUUGACUGCAUCGGCAAACUCGUCUCGUAUGACUUCUUCGUCGACCAGCGUCCGCCGUCGCACUAUGCUGUCAAUGACGCCGCCUCGGCUACGAACGACGAGGGCGAAUCAGUGGGUUCCGCCAAUGUGCCCAUCGACCAGAUCCCUCUCGCCGAUUUGGUCACCUCGACCGUGUGCGAUUGCUUCUCCCCUUCUCCCGCCGGCGCGGCCUCGAAUUCGACCUCGGCCGGUGGAGCGGGUGCGACGACCCCACACGACACACUACUGCUUCGUCUCUUGUCUUCCCUCUUGUCCCUCAUCCUGUCGACCUCGCUCGAAGUUCAUCAAUCAUCUUUGCUCAAAGCCGUCAGGACGGUUUACAACGUCUUCCUUCUCGGAAGACCGGGGACCGUCCAAACCGUGGCUCAAGCGACGCUCGGGCAAAUCGUCGGAGGCGUAUUCGGUCGCAUCAAGCUCGGACCGCAGUCUUUGAUCCCGGGGGACGUCACGCCUGCCACGGCUGCUGGCUCGGUCAACGGCAAGAGCGGGUAUUCGAGUCGUAACGGAAGUCUUGCCGGCAGCAAGGCCGAUUUGGCCAGUGUCGAGGAGGAGGGUGAAGCUACCAAAGAGAAGGCUGACGUUGCAGAGGAGAAUCAGACCGAGAAGGAGUCGGAAUCCCUCGAGGCUCCACAACUCGUGGUUAAAGAGGCCGUUGUAGAAGGGGAGACCUCGGAGGUGAAAAAAGAAGAGGCCGGGACUGAAGCUUCCACAUCGGCACCUGCACUUGAGAAUGUCAACACGUGAGUGAUCCGCACGCAUAUAGGGGGAUGUCGGUCGGCUGGCUGAUGCAAUGCGCUUUCGCGGCUGUAGUGCGACCACGGAUAGCCAGCGCUCGUUCGAAGGAACGCCGAUUACGGCUGGGGGUGACGUGACCGUCAAUAGGAACGACCUCUACAUCAAGGAUGCCUUCUUGGUGUUCCGAGCCCUCUGCAAGCUCUCGAUGAAGCCGCUGGGAAGCGAUAGGUACGUGUCCUUGGCUGUACCCCUCGACUGAACGCAACGACGCUGACAUUCGACACUCCUAUAAAAUCAUGCAGCGAGCGCGAUUUGAAAUCCCAUGCCAUGAGGUCCAAGCUCCUCUCGCUUCAUCUCGUCUUGAACAUCGUCAACAACUAUCUCCCCGCCUUUGUCGACCCCCACGUUUCCAUCAUCUCCUCGACCUCGCGCGACCGCACUCCCUUCAUUCAGGCGAUCAAACAGUACCUCUGUCUCGCGCUCUCACGAAAUGCGGUCUCCCCCGUCAUCCAGGUCUUUGAGCUAAGUUGCGAGAUCUUUUGGCGCGUGCUCCAGGGGUUGCGAACCAAGCUCAAGAAGGAGAUCGAGGUGCUAUUGAACGAGAUCUUCUUGCCCAUCCUCGAGAUGCGCAACUCGACGAUCAAACAAAAAUCGAUCCUGCUCGCCGUCUUUGGUCGGGUCUCGCAAGACCCGCAGGCGUUGGUCGAUAUCUACCUCAACUAUGACUGCGAUCGCUCAUCACUGGAGAAUAUCUAUGAGAGGCUGAUCAACAUCGUGUCAAAGUUGGGGACGACGCAGUUCCCUGCUUCGACGGACGGUAAGGCUGCAGCACAGCCCUCGGCAGCCUCAACGUCCCCUUUCCCUACCCCGGGUCCAACGCUGUCGGACGAUUCCCGCAUGACCGACCCUGCUCUAUCCCACCUCACCCCGGAGAUGCACCUCAAGCGGCAGGCACUCGAGGCGCUCGUCACGGUCCUGCGAUCGCUCGUCUCGUGGGCCGCCCGAGGGGGCGCGACGACGACGACGAUGACCGGGUCCGAAUUGAAUGGGUCGAUGAACGCCAACCUCCCGCCGACACCGCGCUCGGAAGAGGCAGAUACCGACUACUCCGACACCCCGCGUCGUUCGCUCGGCGCUGCUCCUGCAUCUGUCGAUCUCUCUCGGUCACGAGCUCAGACACCCGACGUCGUGCCCGCCGACGAUCCAAGUCGGUUCGAGAAUGCCAAGCAGCGCAAGACGACCCUGUUGGAAGGUAUCAAAAAAUUCAACUUCAAGCCGAAACGGGGUGUGUCGUUCUUGAUCGAGACUGGCUUCAUUCGCUCGAGUGAGCCUAAGGAUGUGGCCCGCUUCUUGCUCCACGCCGAUGGGCUCGACAAGGCGCAGAUUGGCGAGUACCUGGGCGAAGGCGACGCGGAGAACAUUGCGACGAUGCACGCCUUCGUCGACCUCAUGGAUUUCACCAACACGGCUUUCGUGGAUGCCUUGCGCGCGUUCCUACAAUCGUUCCGACUUCCCGGCGAAGCGCAAAAGAUCGAUCGGUACAUGCUCAAGUUCGCCGAGAGGUACACGGCGGGCAACCCUGGUGUCUUUGCGAAUGCCGAUACGGCUUACAUCCUCGCUUUCUCGGUCAUCUUGCUCAACACGGACGCGCACAACCCUCAGGUCAAGAAACCCAUGUCCAAAGUCGAGUUCAUCCGCAACAACCGCGGUAUCGACGACGGCAACGAUUUGGAUGAGGCCUUGCUCGUCGAUAUCUACGACGAGAUCAACCGCAACGAGAUCCGCAUGAAGGACGAGGUCGAAGCCGCUGGGCCUCAGGGAGGUGCAGGCGGGAUCGCGAACGCGUUGGCUACGGUCGGACGAGACUUGCAACGCGAGCAAUACGUCUGGCAGUCCGAAGGGAUGGUCAACAAGACCGAGGCCUUGUUCCGCACGCUCGUACGAGGUCAACGAAGGGGAGCAUCGGCCGCGUCCGCUCAAUUCUACUCGGCUUCUCACUUUGAACACGUCAAGCCCAUGUUCGAGGUCGUGUGGAUGCCCUUCUUGGCUGGGAUCUCAGCGCCUUUACAAACGACGGACGAUAUGGAUCUGAUCACGCUGAGUCUACAAGGGUUCAAGCAAGCGAUCAAGAUCGUCUGCUUGUUCGACCUCGAACUGGAGCGCAAUGCUUUUGUCACGACCUUGGCCAAAUUCACCUUCCUCAACGACUUGGGGGAGAUGAAGGCCAAGAACGUCGAAGCGAUCAAGACUUUGUUGGACGUCGCGAUGGUCGAUGGCAACUACCUCAAGGGGUCGUGGCGGGAAGUCGUCACGUGCGUUAGUCAGUUGGAGAGGUUCCAGUUGAUUGCGCAGGGUGUCGACUCGCAGGCUGUUCCUGAGUUGGGGCGGAAACCGUGAGUACUGCAGCUCGUGAUGAACUCCUGUAUUCAGCUACUUAUCUCAUUCUUUUGUCCUUCAGAUCGACAACGAGUCGAAGAUCGACGCUCACAUCGAGGGCACGCAAUUCACGCCCCACGGAGCAAGUCGCCCUCGAGACACGCUCUCAGCACAUUACCAUCACGGCGGAUAUGAUCUUUUCAUCGACACCGAACCUAUCCGGUACCGCAAUCGUCGAUUUCGUACGAGCGCUGAGCGAAGUCUCGUGGGAGGAGAUUCAAGCCUCUGGCUUGGCCGAGCAACCGCGCGUGUUCUGCUUGCAGAAGCUGGUUGAGAUUUCGUACUACAACAUGAACCGUAUCCGACUCGAGUGGUCGCAGAUUUGGCUUAUUCUUGGCGAACACUUCAACCAGGUCAGUCACGAUGCACGAGGCUUAUCUCGCUUCCCUUAUGGAUGCUCUCUGACCCUACUGCUCUCCCGCCUCAGGUCACAUGUCACACCAACGCCAAAGUCAGCUUCCUCGCGCUCGACUCGCUGCGCCAGCUCGCGAUGCGUUUCCUCGAAAAGGAGGAACUCGCCAACUUCCGCUUCCAAAAAGACUUCCUUAAGCCGUUCGAGUACGCCAUGGUGCACAACAACAACCCCGAUGCGCGCGAUAUGGUCCUGCAGUGCCUGCACCAGAUGAUCCAAGCGCGCGUGCAGAACCUGCGAUCGGGUUGGCGGACGAUGUUUGGCGUCUUCGCUGCCGCUGCCAAGGUCUUGAACGAGCGUAUCGCGGUACAGGCGUUCGACAUCGUGCAACGCGUCAAUCGCGAGCAUUUUGCUCGUAUCGUCGAGUACGGCUCGUUCGCGGAUUUGACGGUGUGCGUGACCGAUUUUUGCAAGAUCAGCAAAUACCAGCGCGUGAGCUUGCAGGCGAUCGAAUUGGUCAAGGCGUUGAUCCCGAUGAUGCUCGAGUGCCCGCAAUGCCCCUUGAGUGAGAACGCGAUCGUCAAGUCCGAGGCGUCACCGAAUGAUGAUCCGAUGCUCAAGUUCUGGUUCCCGAUCCUGUUUGGGUUCUAUGAUGUUAUCAUGAACGCUGAGGACCUUGAGGUCCGGAAACGGUGAGUAAUAAAUGCUUGAGCCGAAGACGACGAAGCCGUCUGAUAUCGUGUUUCCCACCUCACAGAGCCCUGGAUUAUUUGUUCGAGACGCUCAAAACGCACGGCUCAAAGUUCCCACCCGAGUUCUGGGAUACGAUCUGCAAGGAGGUGCUCUUCCCCAUUUUUGCGGUCCUGCGCUCGCGAUCGGAUGUUUCGCGCUUCAGUACGCACGAGGACAUGAGCGUGUGGUUGUCGACGACUAUGAUUCAGGCGUUGCGCAACCUCGUCGAUCUGUUCUCGUUCUACUUCGAUGCGCUGGCACGGAUGCUGGAUCGGUUGUUGGACUUGUUGUGCGAGUGCAUUUGCCAAGGUACGCUGGUUUUGAGCUCCAGGGGUGGUGACGAGGUGUGCACGCGAGUUCAUCCCCACCGCACUCUUGCUUACUACAGAAAACGACACACUCGCACGCAUAGGCACGUCUUGCCUCCAACAGUUGCUCGAGAACAACGUCGAAAAGCUCUCGCCCGCGCGGUGGGAGCGCAUCGUCUCGACCUUUGUUCAGCUCUUCAAGACAACGACUGCGUUCCAGCUCUUUGACGAGAAUCUUCUCUUGCCCGAGUCGACGGACACACCUGCCGAAUCGACGGAUUCCGCGGCGGCUGCCGCGAACGGCUUCGUCGCUCCUACACCCCUUUCCCCUCCGACCGAGGAUGUGCCACACGUUCGCGCACCGGUCACGGAUCGUCGACGCAUCUUCCGACAGAUCAUUGUCAAGUGCGUAUUGCAAUUGCUGCUGAUCGAGACGACGCACGAGCUCUUACAGCAUGAACGAGUGUACACGACGAUCCCGCCGGCCGAAUUGCUCAAACUCAUGUCGGCGCUCGACGACUCGUACCGAUUCGCAAGAAAGUUCAACGCCGACAAGCCGUUGCGGAUGGCCUUGUGGAAAGUUGGCUUCAUGCGCGAUUUGCCGAAUUUGUUGAGGCAAGAGUCGACAAGUGCGGCUACGUUGGUCAAUGUGUUGUUGCGGAUGUACAACGACUCGUCGACGGCCGAACAUGUCGGCAAGCGGGCUGAGGUUGUCGAGGUGUUUGCUCCGUGAGUUGUUGAAUCGGGUAAAUCAGAUCGCAAUCAAUACCGAGACUGACUCUGAACUUUUGACCACAGAUUGGGUCUCGAUGUCCUAGCCAACUACGUCUCCCUGAACCCGGACUCGCAAGCUCGUAACAUCGCGGCGUGGACCCCCGUCUGCGCCGAAAUCCUCCAAGGGUUCUGUUCGCUCGAAGACGAGGCGUUCAAAGCGCAAUUGGCACGACUGUACCCGCUCGUGACCAACACGUUGGUGAGGGAUAUGGAUCCGACUGUUCGCGAGUGCGUGCGAGCUGUGUACGUGCGGAUAGGUCGGAGUGUGCUUGGGAUUGGAGGUGCCGACUCGGCUGGCACAUCGACGACUGGGCCCGCUGCGGUGGUCGAAGAGGCUGUCACGUCGUCGUAG